AUGAGGCUGGCAGAGGGCCAAGAAACCCUCAGGGGAGCCCUUUUCCUGCUUAGGCUCUGGGUUCUCCUCAUUCCCAUCCAAUGUUCUCAAGGUCGUCCGUCAUGGCGCUACAUCUCCUCUGAGGUGGUGAUUCCCAGAAAACAGAUGUCCCACGGCAAAGAUUCGCAGGCCUCAGGAUGGCUACUCUACAGUCUACACUUUGGGGGGCAGAGGCAUGUCAUCCACAUGAGGCGCAAGAAACUGUUUGGGCCCACACAUCUGCGGGUGGUGUCCCAGGAUGACCAAGGAGCCUUGCAGAUGGACCACCCUUACAUCCCUCAAGACUGCUACUAUCUCGGCUUCCUGGAGGAGAUUCCACAAUCCAUGGUCACUAUUGGCACCUGCUAUGGGGGUCUUGAAGGUAUUAUGAAGUUAGAUGACCUCGCAUAUGAAAUAAAACCCCUGAAGGAGUCUCACACGUUUGAACAUGUUGUUUCCGAGAUAGUGGCAGACACUAAUGCCACAGGGCCUACCUACAGACUAGGAUACAAGGACCCUCCACUGUCUGAAGAGAACAUCCCUGCAGCCCCGAGGAUCUCCAGUAAGAUCUAUGCAUCCCAUGCUGCUGCUAUCAAAGGGCUUCCUAUAAGUUCUCAUUCAAUAUAUACUCUAUUGCGCAAUGUAUCAGAGAGUGUCAAAUAUCUGAUAAGUUUGGCUAGUGUGGUUGAUUCGAUGUAUCAUGGUCUUGAUAUAAGGUACAAUAUUAUCGGUUUGGUAGUAUAUAAUGAGAGAGAUCCAACUUCUAUGUCGGAUUAUAGAGUGCCAGGAAGUCCAUUUCAUAAUCAUUUUUCAAGUAAUGUGUAUCAUGCUUUUAAGACACAUUCAGCCUUCGUAGUGAUUAAAGACGGACCUCAUGAACUUGACCAUAGCCCACAAUUAUAUUCUGUAUGCUCAAGCAGUUCUCUAAUCAUGAUCGGCCAGCUAGGGAGACAUUACUUACUCUUAGCUGUGAUUACAGCCUUUCAGGUUGGGAGAACUGUGGGUUUGUACAUUGAUGAAGAAUAUUGUUAUUGCCAGAGAAGGACCACCUGCAUCAUGAACAGAUACCCCGUGAUGACAGAUGUGUUCAGUAACUGCUCCAUUGUCCACCUGCAACAUAUAGUGGGCCAGAGAGCACAGUGCCUAUUUGAACUUACACAGCAAUAUUCCAAUGUAAGCAUAAUACGGCAGCGUUGUGGUAACUCUGUGGUGGAAGCGGCGGAGCAAUGUGACUGUGGCUCCUUCAAGCAGUGCUAUGCCAGUAAGUGCUGCAGGAGUGACUGCAAGCUGAUCCCUGGUAGUGUUUGUGAUGAGGGAAGGUGCUGUACAAACUGUACCUACUCGCCCAUGGGGACACUCUGCAGAUCUAUUCAAAAUAUAUGUGACCUUCCAGAGUACUGCACUGGAGAAACCGACAGAUGCCCCGAGAACGUUUAUCUGCAAGAUGGGACCCCAUGCACUGAAGAGGGAUACUGCUUUAACGGCAACUGCACUGACCGCUCCAUGCACUGCAAAGAAAUCUUUGGUGAACAGGCUGUGAACGCUGAUAACCUUUGCUACAGUAUAAAUGCCCAAGGCUUCCGAUUUGGACACUGCAGGAGAGAGUCAACAUACAGAGAGUUCCACCGCUGCGAUCAAAGGGAUGUUAUGUGCGGAAGACUACAGUGUACAAAUGUCACUCGUCUUCCCCGGCUACAGGAACAUGUAUCAUUCCAUCAAUCUGUGAUCUCAGGGGCCCAGUGUUUUGGACUGGAUGAACAUCGCUCUACAGAAACAACUGAUGUUGGACACGUGAGACCUGGUACUCCCUGUGCCUCUGGCAAGUUCUGUAGCACUGGAUCUUAUUGCAAUGGUACUUUGAAGGCACUGAAUUAUGACUGUCUCCCUGAGAAGUGCAGUUUUAGAGGGAUGUGCAACAGUAAAAGGAACUGUCAUUGCCAUGUGGGCUGGGAACCUCCACUCUGUCUAAACCCAGGUGCUGGAGGAAGCAUCGACAGUGGGCCUCCUCCAAGAAGAUUUAGGACAGUGGCUGAAAGUGAGGACUCAAUCACAUACUUGAGACUGGCCUUUGCUCGUAUGUAUGUCCUGAUAGGUGCACUCCUUUUUGGGUUGGCCACAAAUGUAAGAACCAUCCAGAAAACCAAGGUUAAGGAAGAGGAGUAUGAUGCCAAAUAA